AUGGAGUCAACUCUGAGGGGAGAGAAGCUCAUUGAGGCAAUUGCCUCGGCAGACGAGUCGACUCUUCGUGCCGUUCUGCGCGGCGUUUGCGCUGACCGUGAUGCUCAACAACUCGUGGGGAAACACUUGUAUGAAAUAACCAAGCUCAACGCCGCAAAGACCGAAGGUUCUGGCUUGAAACGGAAAGCGGCGUCCACCGUUCACAUCUGCAUUCAGUGUGGCCAGGCGUUCGAGGAAGACGACAAUGAAAAGGAAUGCCGUUACCAUUCAGAGGACAUGGAACUCGACGAAAAUUCGUCCACGUGGUAUGACUGGGACGAGCAAACCUGGGGUGAGAUGGAUACGGAGGAGAACCGUUGUAAUCCUGACACUCUUCGGGGUUUCAUUUAUACUUGCUGCAAUAAACGAGCCGAUGAGGCGGAGGGGUGCAAAUUGGGUUACCACCGGGCUGUUGAUGGCAAGAGAUGA